AAAAAAAGUGAAAAGAAAAAAAAUUGGCUUGAGCCGGUCCAAGUUGGUCAUGUUCUUAAACACGGCGUCGCAUCGACUCGAUCCCUAGGAAAAAGACGACGAAUUAAGUCAUCCUCAGUUACGCCCCCACACUUGAGCCAUGGCUGCUCCUCUGCUUCGUAAAGGCAUCCCACUGCUCCGCCUUCGGCUGCAACGAUACAACCUUCUUGCAGCUGGAAUCCCACCGUCUCCUCGUCGUCCUUGGUGCGCUGCUGCAGAGUCGACUGGGCUCGAAGAGGAGGUGUCCUCCGCGGAGAAGAGCAGUGCGGUGCCUAGCGUGAGGGACCCGAAGAAGUACCAUAUGUUGGAUGAUCCUGAUUACAGGAAAUGGAAGGAUAAGGAGGAAGAGAUUCUUCGUGACAUCCAGCCUAUCAUUUCGCUCGCUAGAGAGAUUCUUCACUCUAAUAGGUAUAAGGAUGGGGAAGGAUUAACUGUUGCAGAUGAGGAAGCUGUAGUAGAUAUGCUUCUUCGUUAUCAUCCACAUUCUGAAGAUAAAAUUGGAUGUGGACUUGAUUCUAUUAUGGUCGAUCGACAUCCUCAAUUUAGAUGGACAAGAUGUCUCUUUGUUGUUAGAACUAAUGGUGGAUGGAUAGAUUUCUCAUACCAUAAGUGUCUUCGAGCGUACAUUCGAGAUAAGUACCCAUCCCUUGCAGAAAGAUUUAUUGGAGAGCAUUUUAGGCAUCGACGCCUUCAUGUGAAAAGUUGGCCACAAGACGCCUAAGUUGCUAAGUAUAGAAAGGAAAACAAAUAACCUACUCUUAGUAUAUUCCUAAUUAGAAGAAUUUAUUUUUCUUUUGUUUUUUUUUUUUUUUUUUGUAUUUCACUUCAAAGUUCUUAAUUUUAGUUUCCUAUUUUACAUGAAUAUUGUCCAAUGUAACCUCAUAAAUAGAGGGCAAUUUAUAGUAAUAAAAUAAGACAAAUCAUUCUAAUUA